AUGCACCUCCGUCACUUGCUGCCAAUCUCGUUAUUUUCCGCUCUUGCGGCUGCUCGGAGACAUGGCUCUUCUACCGACAGAGUUCGAGCGGUGCCCAUCAGACCAGGUGAUGGUAACGGCGUUCGCAACCAGACGGUCAUACCAAUUCCACCGGACGUUGUUGACUACAACUUUCGUCGUUCUCCCCCGGAGCAGCAAUUUAUCUUGAAAACAGACAGUGAGAGCUUCUACCACGGUUUGAAUGGUAAUCACUGUAUGCUCGGUGGAAGUCAGAGCAGAUAAUUGACCAGGUUCUUCUAUAGCGAACCAUCCCAUUUCGAAUCUAACAGUCUACACCAAUGGCAUCCAUGAGCGCAUACUCUCGCUGGGCCGCCUCGACGGACUUCUCGACUGGGCCAACUGCACAGACCACUCGAUCAGGCUUCAAUUCUUGCCAGAGGUCGAGUUCCAGAAGAUUAGACAAGACUGGGAGUGGGUGAACACGGCUCAGAAGAAUUACAUCAUAUUCGUGACCACGAACAGUCAUUGUGACAGGGGACCCCAUGACCCGGGAUUCCUACAGCCCUGGCACGUAAGUGAGGCUCAUUUCGACAGUGAGGAGAACAGCAUUAAAAUUGUGGCAGAACCAAAAGAGCCAAAAGAGGCCUUUCAAAAUUGGCACCUUCAAGCGAAUAGCAAAGGCAUCCUCCCAGAUCGACCCGCAAAGCGCGGCUUCAGCUCUCAUGGCGGGAUGGUUGAUGUCUCUGUCCAUAUCCCGCAAGUCGGAUAUGGAUUCGGAAGUGGAUUGAUCAUCCAGGACACGGUGAUCGGUACGCAAAAACCAGGCGGCUCUAUACUGUGUGAUGGGUGCACCAUCCAUGGGAGUUUGCACAUGAAGUUUGACAUCCAGCCAGACUGGCGCAAUAUCAUCAAGGGCGAGAUCACCAUCUCAUCGCACGGUAUAAACGCUCUCAUGAGGCUGAAUGCGUCUGUCUAUGGCGCACAGAAGAAGGUCAUCGACCAUAGACUCGUGGUCUACGCAGCGCCCGUUCCGGCCAUGGGACUGUUUCUGGUGUUUCACAACAUUCGCCUUUUUGAAGUAGGCCUGGGAGUCGAAUUGCUGUUGCGCGCCGGCCUGGGAGGAAAUCCAGAACCAGUAGCUUUGUCAGCUGGCUACAAUAUCACACUGGCGGAUGAGUCAGAAUUCAAGCUCGACCUCUCCAAUCCCAAGAACAUUGACGCAAGCGGCUGGAACCCUCGCAUCGAAGCGGUCGAGCCUGCUUUCUCCGACGGAAUUUCGAUCACGGGUAAAAUGGGCCAAGAAAUGAGACUGGUACUUGCACUCGAAGACAUCAUAUCUGGAGGCCAGGCGGGUUUCAUCAUCGGAGGCGGCACACUCAACGUACGUGCAAAAGGCGUUGACGAAAAGCCAGCAUGCGGUCAAGAGAGUGCAUCCCGUGGCGUGGAGCUCCAGCUUGACGUCGCCGAAGAGGUUGGUGCCUUUGUAUCCGGUCGAGCCUACUUUUGGGGCAAGGGAAAGACUUUCACAUUAGCAUCGACUGCCACCCCACUGUACUCCCAAUGCAUGCCCAUCACGCGUGUCUCGGAGAUUCCGCAGCCCACCCACAUGCCCACGCCCAUCCUCCAGAAGUUCCUUUCAGAAACGGUAGGACCGCUAGGGACGGCUGCCUCAGCUGUCAACACGGCCACAUCCAAGGUCGAAUCCGUCGCGCAUCUUGUGCAAUCCGAGGUUGCCAAACAUGCCGCUCAAGUGCAGUCCGCUAUUUCAGAGCAUGUUGGAAACUUCGUGACGCACACGCUCGCGUCGGAGUUGGCGGUGGCCACUUCAAAACUCGAAAGUGUUGGACAGCAAGUUGCUUCUGGUGCCACCACGGCCGCCCACACUGUGGCUUCCGGCGUAGAACAUGCUGGACAUGUGAUCGAGACUGGAGUCUCAAACGCCGCCCACAGUAUCAAAUGCUGGUUUGAUCAUCAGGAAAAUUGCCAGUGA